GUCAUCUCAAAUUCCAAAACAACCUUCGUAUUGCCCAAAAAACCAAAAAAUAAUUUACCGGAAAAGGAAAAAAAACCCAAAAUGAAGUUACAAAACCGAAAAGUGGCCCGUGUUUAAAAACAAAGACCUAGCUAGCACCGAGCCCAGACGCAUCGAGACAUUCGAUUCAUCGAUUCCACCAGGUUGACGGUGUUACCCACAUGCUAUUAGUUAGCGACAAGGAGAUGCAAAAUAAAGAGGACCUUCCAGCUAAUGCAACAGUAGAUGUGGUGACAUCUGGUAAGGCAUCUGAGAUCGAUGACUGGGAAACUAUCAAGGACAAUGACAUUAUGCAGCAGCAGUCAGCAAUAUUAGCUGAAGAAGCUGAGAAAAUUCAAUAUGUUGGUGACAAGGAACCUGUAUCAUCAUUAGCAGCUGAGUAUCAGUCAGGCAGCGCUAUAUUAUUGGAGAAAAUAAAGGUGCUGAAUGAGCAAUAUGCUGCCCUCAGGCGGACAAGGGGAGACGGGAACUGCUUCUUUCGAAGCUUUAUGUUCUCUUAUCUUGAGCAUAUUUUGGAAACACAAGACCAAGUGGAAGUUGAUCGUGUUAAAGCCAGUGUUGAGAAAUGCAGAAAGACCCUUCUAGAUUUGGGAUAUACAGAGUUUACUUUUGAAGAUUUUUUCGGGUUAUUCAUUGAGCAGCUAGAAAGUGUUUUGCAAGGGAAUGAAGGUUCCAUAAGUCAGGAGGAGUUGGUAGCGAGAUGUCGAGAUCAGUCAGUAUCUGAUUAUGUUGUGAUGUUCUUCAGAUUUGUAACCUCUGGUGAAAUAAAAAGACGGUCAGAAUUUUUCGAACCUUUCAUAAUGGGAUUGAGUAAUGCGACAGUGGAGCAGUUUUGCAAGUCUUCAGUGGAACCAAUGGGAGAAGAGAGUGACCAUGUUCAUAUAACAGCCUUAUCAGAUGCAUUAGGUGUGCCUAUACGUGUUGUCUAUCUCGAUCGGAGUUCAUGUGAUACUGGUGGCACCAGUGUAAAUCACCAUGAUUUUAUUCCUACUUCUGAGGCACUCCCGAGCACUGCCAGUGGUGGAUCUGAAGCGAGCAAGCCAUAUAUCACUCUGCUCUACAGGCCAGGCCACUAUGACAUUUUGUACUGCAAGUGAGUUUGUAAUUUGUUGUAGGUGACUCGGGGAACGAGGGUUUCUUUCAAACUGUUGCAACUUCUUGGUUCUGAUGAAGUCUUAUCCAUGAUUUAAAUUCAUUUUAUCAUGCCACCAACCAAAAUGAAAUAACUUUGCAGCAAUGUUUUUUAUGUAUCAAUACAAGGGAGCCCGUUUAUGAUCCGAAUUAUAUCGUUCUUGUCGUAAAGUUAGCUAUGUAAACAAUUUUAGAUAUGUGCACAUUUAAUAUGUAUAUGGAUAUCCCUACUUGAAUCUC